ACACUGCUAUUUCUUCUACCUGGGAAAGAGAGAAGAUUUGGGAUCUUGUUUUGGCGACCCCAGGUGCUGUUGAGAGAUCCAAUUGUGAUUAACAAUAAAUGACGUCUUCUGAGGUAGAUCCUGAUGUGGUUAGGUGGGGUCUGCAUCUUAUAGACGUUUGUUCUAUCAAUGAUGGUGGUUCUCCUGUCACCAUUACUCAGUAUGAUGAGGACAUGUCUCAAACAGAAUUCAUUAGAGAAGGUUACUGUGAUACUUCAGCUUCACAGUUACCUCAAACUGAGUUGAUCAGCAAAGGUUACUAUGAUACACCACGUGCUUACGUGGAGAAUGAUGAGAUAAUUGCUCAUACCCUUCAAGAGGAAUUAUCACGAAUUGCAGUUGCUGAAUCCUCAGGAUCUUCGCAUGAUGAGGAAGAAAAUCAGAAAGAGUCUGUUCUUUCUCAGGAUUGGCUUGGAUCGUCAAAGAGACACUGCGAAUCCGGUUGUGAAAGAUGUUAUGAAGAUUCAACAUACAAUGACAUAUUCGCUCCAUAUUCUAGUCCUGUUGAAAUUCCAGGCUGUCCCAGUGAUCAAACUUAUUUUCCGCAGAUUGAAGAUGAAUCCACUCUUGAUGGUGAAGUUGGCAAAAGAUUGAACCAGAUGGUUUCUGUUCCUCAUGUUCCUAAAAUUAAUGGAGAAAUACCUUCAGUUGAUGAAGCUACUUCAGAUCAUCAGAGGCUAAUGGACAGGCUCGAGCUAUAUGAACUUGUUGAGUCAAAAGUUUCAGGAGAUGGCAACUGCCAGUUCCGGUCACUAUCAGAUCAAAUAUAUCGUACCAGUGAGCAUCAUAAAUUUGUGAGGGAAGAGGUUGUCAAGCAGCUCAAAUCCCACCCCGAGUUGUAUAGGGGUUAUGUUCCUAUGGAUUACGAUGAGUACCUUAAGAAAAUGAGCAAGAGUGGUGAAUGGGGUGACCAUGUCACAUUGCAGGCUGCUGCAGAUGUGUAUGGUGUGAAGAUAUUCAUCAUUACAUCAUUCAAGGAUACAUGCUACAUUGAGAUACUUCCACACACACAGAUAUCAAAGAGAAUUAUUUUCUUGAGUUUUUGGGCAGAAGUGCAUUAUAACUCCAUAUAUCCACGAGGAGAGUUGCCAGUCGUUGAGGGUGACAAGAAAAAGAAGAAAUGGUGGCGGCUUGGGAAGGACUGACUUUCUUUCAAGCUUGUGUGAGCAAGUCCCUCUAUCUAUCUUGUGGCUCUCCUCUAAGUUCUCUAGCUUGGGAAGGACUGAAAAGAAGGGACAAAUAUGAAAUUCAGUUUGAUAGUACUGUGUAUAUGAG